AUGAGCGAGCUCGAUCCUAAUUUCGAGCACAAUCCUCGAGCAUCGCGUUUGACGAGUCGCAGCAGCUAUCUCGGAGGAGGGGUAGAAGCUCCCCCGGCUGUCAAUGACAGUAGUUCGAGCAGCAUACCCAAUUCACAAGCCUACCAUAACCUUGAAAACGAAAAAGAUCUGCCGCAUUUACUGCCUACAACGAUUUGGACUCGCUUCGUCGAUCGCUACCGUUUUGGUAAACUAAUACUUGUCGGUGCAGGCAUGUUCGGCGUGAUUGCCGUAAUGCUAAUCGUCCUAGGCACUUUGGACGUGUUGCGGAAUCGCACCUAUCGCUCAACGCUGGGAAUUUCUGUUGGAGGAACAAAGUAUGAGGGUGAUAGCUGGGGAACGGUUUCAGCUGGGCAUUUUGAUAUGGGUGGCAAAGGCGAUGGCACUUAUUACGAUCCGGGAGUCGGGAUUCUUGCUUGCGGGACAAGCUAUACUGCUCAAGAUAUGGUGCUGGCGCUGAACUACAUUGAUUAUGGAGAAUAUGCGAAUCCCAAUGAAAGCCCGGUCUGCGGUGCAUGCAUCAAAGUAACGGGUCCUUUGGGCACGGCAGAGGCUACUAUCCAGGAUAAGUGCCCUGGCUGUGGACAAGGGUCUUUGGAUCUCUCUCCUGCAGUGUUUGAUCAAGUUGGCGAUUUCAACGAAGGAAGGAUCCCAGUAUCAUGGGAGCCGUGUUAA